AAAUUGGAACUAGGAUUUACACUUGGUUUUUGUAAGAAAGCUGACGGCUAUUCGUUGGCCGCACAAGACUUUGGCAUUGACACAAGAGCGACAAUGGCCGCGAUGUUGGUGCGUAACGCCAUGCAGCGCGCCGUGGCGUUCCUGCAGCACAAGAUGUUCCCGACGUCUCAGACACCAGCGCUGAUCCUGGCUCCGCUGGCGCUCAACGGUGCUUCAUCCGCGCUUCCCUCCAACCCGUUGAGUGACGCUAUCUGGCUGGCCGCCCCCAAGUCCAAGGUGACGCCGUCUCGCAAGAAGAUUAGAAACAACGACCUGAGCAAGCGUCUCAAGAACAUCGUGCACUUCCAGGACUGCCCCAUGUGCGGAGAGAAGAAGCUGCGUCACCGUUUGUGCAUGAGCUGCUUUAAGAAGGGCAAGUACUUUGUGUAAAUGACGGGUUCCAACUUCCCACACAUCAGACUGAGGCUUACAGGUCUAAGGAAGAUGAAUAUAUAGAUGUCUGCUUUGCAGACGAACACCGACACCUUCUUCACCGUGAGCUUCAUUAAAUAGUUUCUUAUUCGCC